CGCGCACCUGGUCCGGACGCUGGACGCCAUGUUGUGGAAACUAGCAGAUAAUGUCAAGUACGAAGAGGACUGCGAGGACCGGCACGAUGGCAGCAGCAACGGGAACCCGCGGCUGCCGCACCUCUCCGCCGUUAGCCAGCACCUGUACAGCCCGGCCCCGCCGCUCUCGCACUCGGGCGCCUCCGACUUCCAGCCGCCCUACUUCCCCCCGCCCUACCAGCCGCUGCCUUACUCGCAGUCCAGCGACCCCUACUCGCACCUCGGGGACCCCUUCUCCAUCAACCCGCUGCACCAGCCGCCGCCGCCGCCGCCCAGCCAGCAGCAGAGCGCUUGGCCGAACCGGCAGAGCCAGGAGGCGGCGGGGCUGGCCCCGCACGGCCGGCCCGGGCUGGUGCCGCACCUCUCGGCGCUGGAGAGCGGCUCCGCCGGCAGCCGCCGCGACACUUUCCGCCGCUCCGAGCUGCUGCUGCCCCACGGGCACGGCCUGGACGCCUCGGCGCUGGCCGAUAACCUGGGCCUGCACGACAUGGCCCACCAGAUGGAGGAGGUGCAGAAUGUGGAAGAUCAACACUUACUAAUGCAUGACCAGACAGUCAUUAGAAAAGGUCCCAUCUCCCUAACGAAGAACAGCGCUCUGAGCCUGCCGUGCCAGAAGGACGGCUUGAUCGGGGUGGUGAUCAACCCCAACGAGGUGUUCUGCUCCGUGCCGGGCCGCCUGUCCCUGCUCAGCUCCACGUCCAAGUACAAAGUGACAGUGGCAGAGGUGCAGAGGCGCCUCUCGCCCCCGGAGUGUCUCAAUGCCUCCCUGCUAGGAGGAGUCCUGCGAAGAGCCAAAUCUAAAAAUGGUGGCAGAUCAUUAAGGGAAAAACUGGAUAAAAUUGGCUUGAAUCUUCCUGCUGGCAGAAGGAAAGCUGCAAAUGUGACACUGUUGACAUCUUUGGUGGAAGGUGAAGCUGUGCAUCUUGCUCGUGACUUUGGCUACGUGUGUGAGACAGAAUUUCCUUCCAAAGCAGUGGCUGAAUAUUUAACCAGACCACACAUGGGCCGCAACGAGAUGGCAAACAGGAAGAACAUGCUGCUUGCUGCAAAGCAGAUCUGUAAGGAAUUCACAGACCUCCUCACUCAGGACAGAACCCCCCUCGGAAACACGCGGCCCAGCCCCAUCUUGGACCCUGGCAUCCAGGGCUGUUUGACUCAUUUCAGCCUGAUCACACAUGGCUUUGGGAGCGCUGCCAUCUGCGCUGCCAUGACAUCCGUGCAGAACUACCUAAACGAGGCGUUAAAAAUAGCAGACAAAUCCUACAUGAACGCUGGCGACCAGAGCCCCGCAGAGACCAACAAAACCAUCGACAAAAUGGACAAGCACAGGAAGUGAGAGGAAAACCAGACUCUGCCCUUCCUCCUACACAGACUCUCAUCUCCUUGCCAGGGGGAACAUAGAGAUUUGGGUGGUUUUAUUUUUUGUUUUAUUUUUUUUUCUUUUUUUUUACGAAACAAGGGGAAAAAGGGGAGGAAAAUAAAAAUCAUUCAGGAUCUUCACUCCUGCUGGAUCCGUGGGACACAAGUGUUGCUAAAAGCUGCAGUAUCCCUGUUGUGUGGAGCAAUUGCCUGGAGAUAAGUACUCGGCACAAGUGUAUUGAAUCCUUUGCUGUUACAGUGGUGCUAUAAGGGGGGGUUGAUGGAAUUAUCCACAGAGAUUUAUUCAGAUUCCUUUUCCACAUCUCAGUAUCUCGUGGCUGACC